AGAACUAACUCUGGGCAGCAUGGCCUCUUUCCAGCUUCUCCAAGCCCUUGCGAAAAACUUUAUUGGCAAAGCUGUCAGAGGAUGAACAGCAGACCCGGUGGGGCGGCCAGAGCGAAACGGGAUCAGGGCAGAUUCAGCAGGGCAGGGCCUGUCCCUUUAAUCUGGGCCCCACCUGCUCUGGUCAGACAGGUUUGGAGACACAGGUAAAGGGAGGGAGACAAGAGAAAUACUUGCAGAACCAGCAGAGAGCUGGGCAGCUCCUUCCCGGACGCUGGGGACCCUCCACCUCUCUCCAGAUGGAAAGAUGACAUGACCUUGUGGUAACCCCAGAACUGAGGACCCAGGAUGACAGAACCCGAGACCCUGGCCCUGCUGGAAGUGAAAGGGUCUGAGGCUCCAGAGAAGAGCUCACCCCAGGCCUUGGUCCCCAAUGGCCGGCAGCCAGAAGGGGAAGGUGGGGCUGAGUCCCCUGGAGUUGAGUCCCUCCGAGUGGGGUCUUCAACUGGGUCUCCCACGGCCACAGAGGGGGCUGAGGAUGGUCUAGACAGCACAGUAAGCGAGGCUGCCACCUUGCCCUGGGGGACUGGCCCCCAACCCAGCGCUCCUUUCCCGGAUCCCCCUGGCUGGCGGGACAUUGAGCCUGAGCCCCUAGAGUCAGAGCCACCUACCAAGCUAGAGGAGCUGCCAGAAGAUGACACCAUCCUGCUGCCUGAGAAGGCGGGCCGUGCCUUCGUACCCAUCGACCUACAAUGCAUUGAGCGGCGGCCCCAGGAAGACCUCACUGUGCGCUGUGAGGCAGGCGGGGGUGAACACCGGACCUUCGUGCCCGCCCGGACCACCCACCCCGAGCCCCCUGAGCGCAAGUGGGCCGAGGCAGUAGUGAGGCCGCCUGACCGGUCCUGUGGGGGCUGUGGGGGCUGUGGAGGCCGUGAGGGGCUGAGGGCCGUGGCCUCUGUAGGAGCUGCGCUCAUCCUCUUCCCCUGCCUGCUGUAUGGGGCAUACGCCUUCCUGCCCUUCGACGCCCCACGGCUGCCCACCAUGAGCUCCCGCCUGGUCUACACGCUGCGCUGCGGAGUCUUUGCGACCUUCCCCAUUGUGCUGGGGCUCCUGGUGUACGGGCUGAGCCUGCUGUGCUUUUCUGCCCUCCGACCCUUUGGGGAACCACGGCGGGAGGUGGAGAUACACCGGCGAUACGUAGCCCAGUCGGUCCAGCUCUUCAUCCUCUACUUCUUCAACCUGGCCGUGCUUUCCACCUACCUGCCCCAGGACACCCUCAAGCUGCUUCCCUUGCUCACUGGUCUCUUUGCCAUCUCCCGGCUAAUAUACUGGCUGACCUUCGCCGUGGGCCGCUCCUUCCGAGGCUUCGGCUACGGCCUGACGUUCCUGCCGCUGCUGUCCAUGCUGGUGUGGAACCUCUACUACAUGUUCGUGGUGGAGCCCGAGCGCAUGCUCACUGCCUCCGAGAGCCGCCUGGACUACCCGGACCACGCCCGCUCCGCCUCCGACUACAGGCCCCGCCCCUGGGGCUGAGCCGCUCCGCCCUCUUGCCCUCGGGCGAGCGGAGUGGGCUCAGGACUCGGUUCUGAGCCUGGUGUGGGCCCGGACUUCGCCCCCAGCCCUGCACC